UCAGUUGCUCAGCGACGACGAUCGAGGUAGCCACGGCAGCUGCAGCGCGAGUUUCAGUCGUAGAGAUUCCGGACGCUCCCCGGAUGUCAAGGCACAAACCUCUAUACAAAGGAGACCCAUUUUGUCCCGUACAUGUCCCGAUGAGUGGGCGCGGUGAAUACAACAACUCUCGAAGCUUUGCAAUGAGGGACAGCGUCAAGCCUUCGUUUUGGGCUCGGAGGACGCUGUUGGAGAAGCGUCUAAUCGUUGCCAGCGUGGUCAUCUCUAUAAUGGCCAUCGCGUUCCUCCUCGCCUUCCUAGCCGCCAUCUACGUGCGUUCUAAUAGAAUCAACUACUUGCCACAAACUAGUGAAAUGAGACUUUCUUCCCCUCAAUCCAUGCCGCCCGCAGUUUAUGGAUCGGAUUACGAGAUAUGCUACACACCGGGAUGUAUACAUACAGCAUCGAAACUACUAUCAAACAUGGAUCAAAGCGUGGACCCUUGCGAUGACUUCUAUAGCUUCUCUUGCGGUUCCUUCGAGAAGAACACUCGUAUACCUGACGACAAAUCCUCUGUCAAUACAUUCUCGAUAAUUACCGAUGAACUACAAGAACAGAUCCGAGCGCUGCUAGAAGAACCGAUAACUAAAGACGAAGCGCAUCCCUUCGUCCUUGCCAAGACUUUGUACAGGGCAUGCAUGAAUAAAUCUGUGAUUGAGGCACGAGGAGCGAAACCCCUGCUCGACAUGAUGAAGGGACUUGGCGGCUGGCCUGUGCUGGAAGGUGACAACUGGAACGAACGCGCCUUCGCCUGGGACGACUCCGUGUUCCGUUUCCGCACAGCUGGAUACUCCGUCGACUAUUUCUUAGACUUUUCCAUCAGUGUCGACGUCAAGAACUCUACUAAGAGGAUUAUCGAUUUGGAUCAGGCGUCGCUAGGACUCAGCCGGGAGUAUCUCAGUCACGGUUUCGAUGACAAGCUGGUGCAAGCGUAUUACGCUUACAUGGUCGAUAUCUCAGUGCUGCUUGGUGCCGACAGGAAACGCGCCGAGACUGAACUCAGGGAGUCGCUCAAUUUCGAAAUCACACUCGCCAAUAUUUCCUUGCCAUUGGAGAAACGUCGUAACGCAACAGCUCUCUACAACCCAAUGACUGUAACACAACUGCAAAAACGCUUCCCAAAAGUGGAUUGGAUGAAAUACAUAAACCGCCUGCUGUCUCCUCACAUCCAUAUUAACAUGGACGAGGUCGUCAUUGUCAACGUGCCCACCUACAUCACAAGUCUAGAGCAAAUCCUGGAGAAUACGCCUAAGCGCGUGCAGGCUAACUACGUGAUGUGGCGUGUGGCGGGCGCCUCAAUCUCUUACCUGACAGACGAACUGCGGCGUCGGCAACUUAGCUACGUCACCGCACUUUCCGGGAAGACGGAGCGCGAGAGUCGCUGGAAGGAGUGUGUUGAUACCACCAGCAUGAGCUUGUCAAUAUCUGUGGGCGCGUUAUACAUCCGUAAGUUUUUCGACGAGAACUCAAAGAAGAACGCAUUGGAGAUGGUUGAGGACAUCAGGGAGCAGUUCCGCCGUACCUUGGAGGAGGUCGAAUGGAUGGACGAUAAGACGCGCCGCGCCGCCCUCGCUAAAGCAGACGCGAUGGCCGCACACAUCGCAUACCCUGACGAAAUGCUUAGCGAUGAAAAGCUAUCAGAGUUCUAUGAUGGGUUGGUGAUGUCUGAAGACAAGUUAAUGGAGUCAGUGUUGAAUCUGACGCUAUUCGGCACCGACUAUCUGUUCAAGAAGUUGAGACAGCCUGUCAAUAAGACUGACUGGGUGACACACGGCAGACCCGCCAUCGUCAACGCAUUCUACUCUUCCAUAGAGAACAGCAUACAAUUCCCUGCGGGCAUCCUACAAGGAGCGUUCUUCUCAGCUUUACGACCUGCCUACAUGAACUACGGCGCAAUCGGCUUCGUCAUAGGACACGAAAUUACACACGGCUUCGAUGACCAGGGUCGUCAAUUCGAUAAAGACGGUAACCUGGUGGACUGGUGGCAAGAGGAGACGAAGCAGAAAUAUCUGAAGAAAGCUAAAUGCAUCAUCGAUCAGUACUCAAAUUAUACUGUUGAAGAAGUUGGUCUCAAGUUAAAUGGUGUGAACACUCAGGGUGAGAACAUAGCGGACAACGGCGGUAUCAAGGGAGCUUACCAUGCUUACGAGGCCUGGGUCAAGAGGCACGGCGAGGAGCCACGUCUUCCAGGAUUAGAGAAAUACACGCCCAAACAGUUGUUCUGGCUGAGCGCUGCGAGCACGUGGUGCUCAGUAUACCGCAAAGAAGCGAUGAAGUUACGCAUCACCACCGGCUUCCACGCACCAGGCCGCUUCCGUGUCCUCGGCCCUCUCUCCAACAUGGAGGAAUUCUCCCGCGACUACUCCUGCCCCCUCGGCUCGCCCAUGAAUCCAAAGAUUAAAUGCAAGGUUUGGUAGUUCACAGCCGACCCUCCCUCAGAGGGUACUAAAAAGAAAAUUCCCAAAGCAAACAAGAAAACCAUUUCAUUGAUAAAUUCAUUAAGAAUACACAGCCAGUUCCUAUCCUACCUUUAUCCUCAGAAUAACCAUAAAGCAGAGCCUGCCAAGUCUACGACAACUCAGCCUCCGAAACCGACGAAAAAAUAUCGAUGUCCUCCCCCACUCAGUAUGAGGAAAUCACCUAGCAAUUACCCAGGUUGUUGAACAGAUUUUCCCGAGACUUUCCUAAGAAAAUUAAUUUAGUGAAGUUAUUUCGUGUUUUAUAUCAUAAUAUCGAAACAAUAUUCUAUAAAUACAUAUGUAGUCAUGCACUUUAUAUAAUUACCUAUAUAAAUAAAAUAUUGUGUGUAUAUAUAUAAAAAAAAAUAGAAAAGUUAGAGGAGAAAGAUUCAUGUACAUAUCAAACGCACUUGUAAAAAAAUAACUCAACUCUUUAAUUUCGUGAAGCAAAAUUCUGUACUGCAUAUAAAUUGUCGAUGUUUUAUGAUUUCAAUUACAUUCUACUUCGAAAUAAUAAUAAAUUUAAAAUAAGAUAAGUUUUUAAACUAUUAGAAGUGUGCACAGUAUCAAAUAAUCGGAAAUAUUUUGCCUUUAAAAAAAAUAGACAAAGGCUUGUAAAAAUACUUAACAUUGUUCUUUAUAUUAU